AUGGCUGACGUAGCAGCUAAGCCGGCUUCUGCCGGCGCUAAGAAGAACGAAUUAGCUCAAGCUGGCCGAAGAAAGCUCGAAGAAUUCCGCAAGAAGAAAGCGGCAGCGGCAGCAGGGGGGUCUGCGUCUUCCCGAACCGCAACUUCUGCUGCAGCUAAGCCAGCAGCCAAGCCAACUACUGCAGCGAAUCCCCCUCCGUCUCAGCAGCCAGUGCCAUCUCGCACGACAGCCGCUGCUCCUCCCGCUAUAGGCCCUCCCGCGUUUCAGUCACAACCAAAUUCCUUCGCUCCGCCUGCUUUAACACGACCGUUAGCUCAGUCUGGCUUAGCUCAAGCUCCGGCAGCCCUACCCACGUUUAGAUCCGCCAACUUCGGAUCUCCUCUCACUCCCUUCUGGCAGCAAUCUCAGCCGUCGAUUUCAGCUGCUAAUGGCCUCCCUCACCCUCCGGGGCCCCCAGGUUCUGACGCAGCCAAUGCCGCCGCUCCACCUGUACCGUCGUCCGGAUUUCCCGCUGCGUCGACCGCCACGAGGCCGGGCGCAGGGAUGCAGCCGCUCCCGUUUGCGGCGAAGGGACCUCUGGUAACUUUUGCGAAACCUAGCGGCGUUACAGGUCCCGGUCCUGGUGGAGCACCUCCCGCUUCCGCGCUUUUUUCCGAACCUAGGGGUCCCGCGCAACCUUCCCUCGCGCGGACGUUUUCCCCCCCGCGAGAGCCUUCUUUUCCCGCGCAACCCUCCUCCCGAUCCGGUCUUGCGCCAGCCCCGCGCGUUGCGCCUCCGCUCGCGCGCACCUUUUCCCCACCCGCGGAAACGUCUCAAGCGCAAAAGUCCGCCGGUGCACCUCCGCCUGCCUUCCUAGGCGCGCCAAGCCACGCGCUUUCCGCAACCGCAGGCGCUGCGCCUAACCCCGCCAGGCCAUCCCUCCUCCGCCCCGCGCCUGAUGCGCAGCCCUCCCGCGCAUCCCCUCCGCCACCCGCCUUCUCCGCGCCCCCGCCGGUGAAGGUCGGGGGAGGCGCGGACGGCGCACGGCCCCCCCGUACACCCAACCUGGGCCCCACCAUCCCCGCUAUACGGGACUCGUUACAAGAGCAGGACCUGCUCUCCUAUGAGGUGCUGUCACCUGCCGAUAGCGAAUCCAGGCUGCAACAGGGCUGGGCAGGAGAAGAUUCCAAGGAAGCAGAGAAAGAGGCGCACAGUAAGGCUGCAGAGGAUUUGAGUUCAAAUGCGGAUCUAGGGAAGCCGUUUGGCAGCGUUGGCACUACAGAUGGUGCUGCUAACGCGGCUGAAUCAGCCGACCCAUCCACUCCCUCAGCCAGCUCAGCUUCUACCUCCCAUGACUCCUUUCAAGGUGCAUCUGCCUCUGCUCUGCCUCUCACUGCUCCUCCUUCGGCCUCUUCCCUUCCUCCUCCUCCUGUGCUACCGACCUUUUUCAACCCUUCAGCACCUUCAGCUGUGGGCCCCAGGCCUGUGGCGAAGCCUGCUCGCGCGUCCUUUCUCCCCUCCGCCUAUACCUCCGCGCUCCCCUCCUCCUCCGCUGCCUCCCCUUCCCCCUCUGUCUUCACCCCCUCCCGUGCGCCCCAGCUCUCCGCCGCAGCUCCCGCGAUAGCUGAUGUCAACUCCCCCGUUGCCUCCCUGGUGACGUCAGUCCCAGCCCCCACCAGCCAGUCCCCUGCUGCCCCGGGUCAAGAGGAUACUGGCGAUUCAAACGCCGGCUCAAGUCCUGGCUUUUCAUCCACUCCUGCCGCAGAUGGUUCUGAAUCGCUGCGGUUUGCAGCGUCUAGAGGCGCGGAUACAGGUCAAGCGAGCGCUACUCCUCCUGAUAACCCUCCAUCUGCAUCUGAGUCUGCUUCCGUGCACAGCCUGAAGGAAGACACUCACGAGCCUUCACGAGGUAGCGUUGACGCCUUGGCGGCUAGUGAACCGGUGUCUCCUAGGACUCUGCCACAAGAGGAGUCUCCAGUUCCUGAGAAGCUGAAAUCGCCUGAGAGACCCAAGAGUUCGGCCUUCGCGCGUCUGUUCUCCGCUGCUCUUUCCCCGGCCCGGGGAAUGAUGAGGGGCGACGGCGGCAGGGGUAGAGGGAGUGGGAGUGACGCUAGGGUUUCGGAGGGUGAGGAGCAGGGGGGGCAGGGAGGGUCUCUGGAGGGGUUGAGGGAGGAGGAGGUGGAUCAUCAAGGAGCAGCGUUAGAGGGUGCGGGCGCAGGAGGGGACGGAGGAGCAGCGGGAGCAGCAGACGGGGUAGGGGUUUCUAGCCAGGAGGCAGUGAGGCAAGGGCAGGUUCGUGCUCGGAGUGAAGCGAGCCGGCUUGAGCUGGAGCAAGAGGGGCGUGAGCCUGCGAAGGGUGGUGAUUCGCGGGGACAGGAAGCAGGGGAGGAGGCGCAGGAGAGAGCGGGAGCAGCGGAAAGCGGGCGAGAUGGCGAGAAAGGGGAGGAGGGAGAGGUGGGCGCGGGUGCGGAUGGUGAGGAGAGUGACGAGGGGAGGAAGAGCGAGGUUCAGAAAGGGGCGGAUGCGGGCCGUGACGGCUCGUCCCGCCGCCGGCCCAAGUCUAUUUCCUCCUGGUGGAAUAUCAUCGCCCCAGCCCCCAGAUCAGAGGACAGAACAGGAGGGGCGAAGGGGGCAGAGGCUGGGAAUAGAGAGGAGCACAAGGAGGGGCUGGAUGGGGAGGAGGAGGAAGAGGAUUGGGGCGGGGGUUUGCUGACUGGCAAGGGGAACUUGGGAGGGCAGGGUCUGGGGGGAGGAAAGAGCCUGUCAGCCUCGGAUUUGGUCAACGUGGGGCAGGCAGUGAAGGGGGCGGAUUUGAAGAUGGGGGUUGAUGAUAUGGCUGCAGGGAGGUGGCAGUCGUGGGGUGAUAGAGGGCAAGCCCAAGGCGUGCAUGGCGGGCAGGCGAAAGGUCUGCAAGGGAGGGAGUGGGAGGAGCGGGAAGAGAGGCAGGUGAAGGAUGGUGGGGUGAAGGGGGAGGCGGUAUUUGGGGCAAAGGGGGAGGUGGUAUCUGGGGCGGGUGCAGCGAGAGCAGAGGAGAAAGAGGAGGGGCGCAAGCAGGAGUCGAAAGGAGGGUUUUCGAGGCCCUCGUGGUUGAGGGGGCUGAGGAAGCUUGCCUCUGCUGCCACUACUCCCUCUGCCUCCCCUCAGAGAGUCUUCCCUUCUCCUGACCUUGAUCCCUCCUCCACUUCCUCCUCGUCCUCCUCUUCCUCCUCCUCAUCCUUCUCAUCCGUUUCCUCCUCCGCUUCCUCUUCUUCCUUUUCUUCCUCCAACACAAGCACUGUUACCAGUGUCACUACCGCCCCAACUCCUUCCCUCUUCGACUCGCCUCUCAAACCAGCUGCUCAGAAGGAGCUCACCUUCCCUCGCCUCACCCCUUCCUCUCACACUCCCAGCCUUAAUGACUCCCCUACCAAACCCUCCUCUCUCACCUCUCUCCCUCCCAAGCAGUCGUCUGAAGAACCUCACCAACCCUCCUCCUCCCUUGCCUCUGCAUUCUCCCUCCCUGCUUCCUCCUCCGCCCUUUCUCUUGACUCCCCUCGCAAAGAGUCGUCCUUGAACAAUCUCAUGGACUCGCCGCCUCGUGCCUCCACUAUUCGCCCCUCCUCUCCCUUUCUCCCCUCCACCACUGCCACUCCCUCCUCUCUCUUCGACUCUCCCACAAAGCCUCUUCCGUCCUCUCUCUUUCCCUCCUCUGCAGCCACACUCUCCUCUCUUUCCUCUCUACCCUACAGCUCCUCCACCCUCUCCUCCUCCUCUCACUCCACCUACUCCUACCCCUCCUCUCUCUCUUCACUCUCAUCCUUCCCUACUCUCUCUUCCUCUAAAGACGUCCUUAGCGGGGCACUAGGAGGAGGAUUAGCUACAAAGGACCCUCUAUCAGGAGCCUUAGGCAGUUCUAAAGACGUAUUAGCUGGCGCUUUGGGCGGCAGCAAAGCCACGUCAGCUGCAACUGCCUUCUCCUCCUCUUCUAUUUUGGGAAAGUAUUCCUUUUCGGGCGGAGCAGGGGGCUCAGGCCUGGGGUCUUCAGCUGAUAUAGAUGCAAAGCUUGGAGCAGCACUGGGACUGAGAUCGACAAGUGCCACAGCCUUGAGUACUAUCAACAGCACCUUGACCUCCUCCUCCUCUUCCUCCGCCUUCUCCUCCUCUUCCUACUCCUCCUUCUCCACCUUCUCCUCCUCGUCCCCUUCCUUGUCCUUUUCUUCUCAAGCUGCUGCUAAGCCAUCCAUAGCAGCAGCUUACCGCCCCUCCUUCCUCCCACCGCCGGCCUCUGCCACAGGCAUCCAGUCAUCCUCGUUAUCAGCAGGUUCGUUAACAGCAGCAUCACAAUCAUUCUCAUCCUCGCUUGCAGCACCUGGCAACGCAGCUACAGCCGAGCAGAUGGCGAAAUUACGCAGCGAGUUAGGGUUUCUGCCUCCUGCCCCUGCCCUCCCAUCCUCCCUGCAAUCUCGCCUGGGUCAACCUUCCCAAGACUCGUACAUAGAGGAGCUCACAGAGGAGAAGUUCACGCUGCAGCGGCAGCUGGAUGCGGCUCGCAUGUACAUAGAGGAGCUCACAGAGGAGAAGUUCACGCUGCAGCGGCAGCUGGAUGCGGCUCGCAUGGUGGCUCGGCUCCGAUGGUGGCUGAGUCCCUUUCUCCCCCAUUCUCUCGCCCCUCUCUCUGCGCACACAUACAUAGAGGAGCUCACAGAGGAGAAGAUCACGCUGCAGCGUGAGUGUUCCUCUCCAUUCAUCACCCUACCCUCCCUCUUCCCGUCCCCCUCUCCCUGCACACAGUACAUAGAGGAGUUGACAGAGGAGAAGUUCACUUUGCAGCGGCAGCUGGAUGCGGCUCGCAUGGUGGCUGAGUCCCUGGCUAAGGAGAACUCUGCUCUCACAGAUGAUUUCAACCGCCAGGCAAAGGGCUUGGAGCACAUGAGGGAGGAGAUUUCGAAACUCAAGGCGGAGGUGAAGGCACAGAAGGUGGUGAUGGAAUCGCAGGCAGUCUCAAAAGAAGCAGCCCACCAUGAGUCGCUAGCUGCCAUUGAACGAUCGCAGGCGCUGGCAGCAGAGGUGGUGGCUCUGGAGGAGCGGGUGCUGCGGCUGAGGUCGAACGAGCUCAAGCUGGAGCGACAGGCAGAGGGGUUUCAGGCAGAAGCAGAGGCACAGCGGCGUGCUGCAUCAACCUUUGAGGCGGAGAGGAAGGAGCUCCGUGAUUCUGUGGAUAAGCUCAAUGAAGAGAAGCGCCAGCUCAAGGUGCAGUUGAGGAGGGCGACAGUGGGCGGCGCACUCGGCGACAUGUGGCGGGGCGACAGCACGUCCACGUCAGCAGCAGCGCCAGCUGUACCGUCCGUGAGCCAAUCGACGUCAACAGAUGAGCUGGAGGUGGCCUUCCUGAGUCAGGCAGGACCGUCUGCCGAGGCAGGAGUGUCAGGCUCGGCAUCUGUUGCUGCCGAGGCAGCCGCAGCUGGCUCAAGCACCGAACCAGCCUCUGGAGGCUCAGCAGGGGUAGCAAGGGAAGAUGGAGGCUCGGCCGGACCUAUAGUGGAGGCUGGGGAGGCAGGAGAACAGGGGAGGAGGAGAGAGGAAGAGGGGGAGGCGUUAGGGGAAGCUGGAAGGAGAGCAGUGGCAGAGGUUCGGGCACUGUUCACGCGAAUGGAAGGUGACGGGCGGCAUAAUUUGGAGGAAGUAGGUGAGCAGUUGGUGAGAAUGAUUACUGCUGCGGUAGGGGCGGCAGAGGAAGGUGCCACUGCUGUGGCUGCUACUGCUGCAGGUGGUGGUGGGAGGAGAGGAAGAGGAGGCAGGGAUAGGAAGGCAGGAGAAGGGGACAAUCAAGAGGAGGAGGAAGUGGAGGAGGAGGGAGGAGUGGUGGAUGAGUUUUUGCUGCUGCCCGCUCUGCUGCCCGGAUCGGUGGAUGUGCUAUCAGAGGAAGAGCAGAGGAGUGUGGAGAGCAUUAAUGUGCUGCUGGCAGAGAUGCAAGCAGAGAAGGAGCGUAUGGCACGCACACUCAAGGAGGAGGCUGCCACGUCAGCAGAGCUGCGGGCAUCAAACGAGGAGCUAUCACACAAGCUGGCGAGUCAAACGCAGCACAUGGAGCUGCUCGUGGCCCAAACCGUCAUGGCUGCUGCUUCCUCCGCCUCCCGCUCCGCCUCGGGUGCUUUCAACGCCCGCAUGCCCCGUGCCUCCUCCUCCAAUUUCUCUGCUGCUGCUUCUUCUGCUGCGAUUGCACCCUCACAUGCUGCUACUGCUUCCUCUUUACCCACUGAUUCUGCUGCCGGUGCUGCUACUGGUGAUGGUGUCGCCACUGCUGCUGUUGCUGUUGCUGCUGCUGCUGCUGCUGCUGCUGCUGCUGCUGCUGCUGCGGAGGUGGCUGGCACGGGAGCGGGAGGGGGGGUGGGAUUACCACGCACUGGCACGGGUGCCGGUCCUCCUCUCCUCCCCUCUUCCAGCAUCCCUCCUGCCUUCCUCUCCCCAACUGCCAAGUCACUCUCUGCGCCUCUGUUGAGCCAGGCAAACGGACAAGUGUCGCCGGCCGCUGCUGCAGCAGCCACUGCGCUGCUGGCAGGGGCGGGAAGGUUAAGUGAAGGCGGAGGGGGAGGGGCAGGGGCAGGGGGAGUGGGGUCGCCUCGAGCAGGAGGGGGGGUGGGAUCCCCACGCACGCCUGGCGCGUCCGGAUACACAGAAUUCAAUGAUUACUUGGAUGAAGGCGAUGAGGUGGCCGAGGAGGUGGCCGAGGAGGUGGCCGAGGAGGUGCUCUCCUGGUUGCUGCAGCUGUUCCCUAGCGGCAGACGCAACGGGCAGCCUGUGCAAUGA